UCAGGAGGUCAAAGUUGAACUGUUAGUUAGGAAACAUGGUUGUGUAACAACCGGUAACAGCUUUUACUUAACGUAAGCUUAAUCUUUUACAACAGCCCUGUGGCACCAGCUCGGCGCUAACGGACAUUAGGGGACGAAGAUGUUGUUCUCUUCAGUGCGGACAACUAUAUUUUGCGGUUGCAGAAGUGCUGGCAAGGGAUUUCAACACAGCAGUCAGAGUCCACAACUACGGCAGUGGCUUGUGAAGAGAGGUCAGAGCACCAUCACAGCGGAGGCGGGGGCUUCCUCCACCCCGGCAGCAGCUACUGUCCCCAACGUAGCCACAAAUCGCAUAGUAGGCCGAUGGUUACUCGGCUGCAGCGGGCUGGUGGUUGGGGCUGUUGUCUUGGGUGGUGUCACAAGGCUAACAGAAUCUGGGCUUUCCAUGGUUGACUGGCAUCUGGUGAGAGAGAUGAAGCCACCUCAGUCACAAGCAGAGUGGGAGGCUGAGUUUUCCAAGUACCAGCAGUUUCCUGAAUUCAAAAUAAUGAACCAUAACAUGACUCUGCCAGAGUUUAAGUUUAUCUUCUACAUGGAGUGGGGUCAUCGUAUGUGGGGUAGGCUGGUUGGACUUGCGUACAUCCUCCCCACCAUUUACUUCUGGAGGAAAGGAUACUUCACUCGCUCCAUGAAGGGAAAAGUGCUGGGGCUCUGCGGAUUUGUCUUCUUCCAGGGCCUUCUGGGGUGGUACAUGGUUAAAAGUGGUCUGGAGGAGAAGCCUGAGUCUCAUGACAUCCCGCGGGUCAGCCAGUAUCGUCUGAGUGCUCACCUUGGUUCUGCCUUGCUGCUCUACUGCGCCAGUCUCUGGACAGGGCUUACUCUGCUGCUGCCUGCACAUAAGGUGGCAGAAACCAAACGUCUCAUGCAGCUUAGGAGGUUUGCCAAGGGUACUGGUGGACUCGUCUUCCUUACUGCUCUUUCAGGUGCUUUUGUUGCUGGUUUGGAUGCUGGGUUGGUGUAUAACUCCUUCCCUAAGAUGGGAGAACGAUGGAUCCCUGAUGAUCUACUGGCAUUCUCUCCUGCUCUCAAGAACUUCUUUGAAAAUCCUACUACUGUGCAGUUUGACCACAGAAUUUUGGCGAUCUCUUCUUUGACUGCGAUUACAGGCCUCUAUCUGUUCUCUAGGAGGAUGGUGCUGCCUAGGAGGGCUAAGAUUGCCAUCAGCCUCCUCACAGCAAUGGCCUAUGGACAGGUUGCCCUCGGUAUCAGCACACUUUUACUGUAUGUCCCCACUCCACUGGCAGCAACUCACCAGUCUGGCUCUGUGGCUCUUCUCUCCCUGGCCAUUUGGGUUCUGGCAGAGCUCCGCAAGAUGCCCAAGUAAAUGCCUGCUCCUUUAUGGACAAAUCCAAUCCCUUCUAGCCACACCUCAAGCCUUUAAGAGUCAGCAGUGUCAUUGUGAACGAGGCAUUUAGAGAAACAAAAAGUGAAAUAAAUGGAGGCCUUAAAAACUGAAAUGUUUUUCAUUUUACACUUUACUUUUAUGCAUAUGCUGCAGCAUCUGUCCUGUGGUGCUGCAAAGUAAUCCUCACGUGGUGACAUUAAAUUAUUUCAUCACAGUGUUAUUAAAGCAGGGGUGUUAUUUGAGUGUUGUUGAUAGAAACUGCAAGAAUACAUCAAGGUUGUCAAUGACAACUUAGUGUGAAGUGUUUUGUUUUGCAAGGAAUUAAACAAAGACAUGCAAAAGCAAAAAAAGCACAUAUUCAGUUUCUAUCCAUCUUUAAUGACACAGCAACAUGAUUUCCAGUGAAGGGUACAUAUUUGAUUUUCAGCCAGACAGAAUUCUGCAGGAAUAUCUUAAGUAGACUGAAUUGCUGUUUUUGUUCGUGUACAUACUUUGAACAGGAUGUUUUUAAAUUACAAUUUGGUUACUGAGUGGAUGCUCACCUGUUGCCUUGUGUCUGUCUGGACAUAUGCUGCCGGUUAGUUGAAUCAGAUGUGGCUGUUGGGAUUAUAUGUAUAAUUAUGUAUAUUUAAGUUAUGAACCAUUUCUUGCUGACAUUGUGAUGAUGAAUUAUAAGGUCAAAAAUAUGUGGGAUCAUUGAUUGUUGCUUUUUACUGUCUCUUUAGAAAUGUAAAACUGAAGGCACUGUCUUAUUUUAAUAAAGACAAUUACAGUGGUGUGAAAAAUGUU